UCGUCACGAUGUUUGUGUAGGAAGUACUGGAAUGACCCGUCACACUUCCCAUUUAAUCGACUUUCUCUGUUGACAGUGUAGACGUGCGUUCUUGUGUUAUUUUAAGGUCAAACCACACAUUGUGAUUCACCGUGUCUGAAUACAUGGGGUGUUUUAUACUGAAACAAAAACGCGCAAGAGAACCUGGAACGGUAUUGUCAAAAUUCAGAUGUUAGUGUUGGACAUUGAAAAGCAAUGUUGAAGCAGUGUCAGCCUACAAAUGCGUGCUUUGCGUUUACUGCUGCUUUUCUCCUCCAUUGCUCUGCAAUGGGAUCCUGCCAGCUGCCAGAAAUCUGUUUACAUACAGAUCAUUCCCCUUCCUGGGAAUGCGCGGAGUUCACACGGACCUACAGAAGUUACACCGAGCCGCAAAGGAGAUGAGUGUGAUGUGGUGAUGAACCUGUCUGCCAGUCAGAGAUGCGAGUAUGUGAAGAAUACACCGGAUUGUGCUUCAGAUGAAGGAUUCAUCAAAUACCCUUUUGUCACCUUUUGCCUAUUCACACCAAGUCUUCUGCCCCUAGCCAUCACAAUCUAUGUUAUCUGGCUGUUGUUUUUGUUCCUCGUUCUUGGACUGAUUGCAUCAGACUUCUUUUGCCCAAAUCUCUCUGCCAUUGCUUCCACACUAAGACUUACUCAUAAUGUGGCUGGAGUGACGUUCCUGGCUCUUGGAAAUGGGGCUCCAGAUGUGUUCAGUGCCAUGGCUGCUUUCUCUCACCCUCAAACUGCUGGUCUGGCCAUUGGAGCACUUUUUGGAGCAGGAAUCUUUGUUACAACAGUGGUCGCGGGGAGUGUUGCUCUGGUUAAACCUUUCACUGUGGCGUCUCGUCCAUUCCUUCGUGAUGUCAUUUUCUACAUGGCUGCUGUGUUUUGGACCUUCACUGUCCUGUAUAAAGGCCAUAUUUCCUUGGGAGAAUCCGUGGGUUAUUUGGGGAUGUAUAUUGCAUAUGUUUUUACUGUGAUUCUGAGCUCAUACAUUUACAAUCGUCAGAAGCAUCAGCUAACUGGAUCACCCCAGAUCUCCGACAGAGAACAGGGAGGGAUUCUCUCAUCUGAUCUUACAUACAGAGAAGCUGUCAGCAUACAAGCUCACGAUGAAGGAGAAUAUGAGCCUUUGCUGCCUUACACUCAAUCCACCACUCAAAUCUUCUUGAAUGCCAUUAACCCAGUGGACCUUCGGACAUGGAGGAGAUGGCAUUGGAGUGCCAAAAUCCUCAAAGUGAUCAAGGUGCCUGUAGAAGUGCUGUUACUGUUGACCGUCCCUGUGGUGGACACAGAUAAAGAGGAUCACAACUGGAAACGACCUCUGAACUGUCUGCACGUAAUCACUGCGCCUCUGGUGUGUGUGCUCACCUUCCAGUCAGGAAAUUAUGGCCUGUACCUCAUUAAAGGAGAAGUUCCAGUGUGGGUGCUUACAAUCUGCAUUGGAGUCUUCCUGUCUGGCAUAGUCUUCUUCACCACUACAAAUGAGCAACCACCGAGAUAUCACUUUCUCUAUUCGCUGCUAGGUUUUGUGGUCAGUGCGCUGUGGAUCAGCUCUGCGGCGACUGAGAUUGUCAGUGUGCUUCACCUCCUGGGGAUUGUGCUCAGUCUCAGCAACACUGUACUCGGCCUCACCUUGUUAGCCUGGGGCAACAGCAUAGGAGAUUGCUUUGCAGACAUUACUAUCGCCCGGCAGGGAUACCCACGGAUGGCCAUCUCAGCCUGUUUUGGGGGCAUUAUCUUCAACAUGUUGUUUGGCGUGGGUCUGGGCUGCCUGCUGCAGUUCAUCCGGAAUAACAGUGUUGUGAUGUUGGAACCAGAGGGAUUGCUGUGCUGGGUUCUGUCAGGAGCGCUGGGUCUCUCUCUGGUCCUCUCCUAUUUGGUUCCUCUUCAGUGUUUUCAUCUGAGCCGAGCCUACGGCAUUUUUUUAUUGUGUUUUUAUGUUGUCUUCCUCAUCGUCGCCCUUCUCACUGAGUUCAGAAUUAUACAAUUUUGACAUCAGUCAGAAACAUUAACCGGGCAAGUGCAAGGAUACUUAGAAUCUUUAAGAAUUCCUGUAUUCAGUAUCUCACAAAAAGUAGUAUUUUAACAUGUGUUCUCAAGAGACAACUCUGUUGACCUUAUUCUGCAAUGCGGAAGUGCACUAGUUUUUGCAACUAUUUUAAAACUUGAUUGUAAACAACUAGGGAUAUUAAAGGGCAGAAAAUGGUCAAACUACUUGCUCUACAAAUGAGUGUGUUGAAGACUAUACAUACAAAGUGGAAUAAUAUAAUAAGAAAAGAUCAGUUUGCAACAUCAAGCAGCAUAACAAGCUGUUUUUAAUAUCUAAAAAUCUAUGUAAGUGAAUGAGACUGGAAGUCUCCAGCCAAAAGGAUUCCAAUGGCGGUGCCUGCUGGUAUGUGAAGAAUAAGGUCAAUACAAAUGAAACGUGAAGAUGUUUUAGAAUAGUCUAUAGAUUGACUAUCCUCCUGAAAAUAACUCGACAUAUUAAAGCCCUUAUUGUCAUUUAAUAACUGGCAACAAAUGUGAGCCCACCAUAAGAGAUGACAGCUUUACAAAUCUUAACCACGUCUACUUGACAGAAUUGCACAAAUUUGUGUAUCUUUUAUCAGAGUAAUAUUUGGUGCUUUGAGUACAAAUCUCUUACCGACCACUGGAUGUUCAAUAUGACACCUCAUGGCAAAGAACCUUCAGAGGAUUUCACAAUUAGUGUCAUUGUUCUCCACAAAGGAAGGAAGGAAGGAAAUGAAAGUCGUGACAUAUGGCCAAGUGGUGACCCAUAAUCGGAAUUUGUGCUCUGCGUUUAACCCAUCCAAGUGCACACACAGCAGUAUAGCACACACACCCGGAGCAGUUGGGGGAUUGGUGACUUGCUCAAGGGACUCGCCUCAGCCUUGUUAUUGACUGGACCCAAAACUGCGGCCUUUUCAACUCUCUAACCAUUAAGCCGCCUUUCCACUGCACACGACGUUUGGACACGACUGUUGGAAUACGCACCCCUUGUGGCUGUCGCAGAGUCGUGCACAUGGGAGAGAAGCUAUUCUCGCGGUGUCCGAAAUAAAGGAGUUUUAAAAAAGCCUUUAUUCUCUGUGCGUUCACUAUGGUUGAAUGAAUGAAUACUAGAAACUCGUAGACCGCUAAAAAUUUUGUAGGAAAUGCGGAGACAACAUUAAAAAUAUAUAAACCUUUUUUCUGAUUAAAAAAAUAACAAAAAAAACAGUAUUUCGCACGGACAACACUGGAAUACAUAGCAUACGGUGUAUUCGCAGGAAUUCAAAUAUUUCAACGUAUCCGCAGCUCAAAUCGGAUCCGAAUUUUAAACAUACGGAGAUGAUCGGAGCUCCACACAGCCCCCUGACUACUCUCCAUUGGAAAUGAAUGACUUCUGGUCUGUUGCUUGUUGUUUGGCGUAUGCAGUGGAAAGAUGGCUUUGGGCCAGGGCUCCCCCCUUUUUUCUUUUUUUCUGGAUGUUCACCUUUAAUGGACAGUAGAGAUUUUAGACAGGAAAGUGGGGGGAAGGAACAGCAAAGGACCUCAAGCCAGGAAUCAAACUCGGGUCACCAUGAGCACCUCAGUGCUAUGUGUCCACGCUCUAACCACUAGCGUAUUGGUGCUCACACCCCCCUUUUUUCUUUUCUGUCUUCAUUGAUGGAAAAAGAUGACCUAGACUUUAAAACACCGUGAAACUGAGUUGCAUUACGCAUUCCUUCCAUCCAAAGAAGUUGAGUCUUCCUGCAGUGUGUCUGGUGCAGAAUCUGACUCGUGAGUGCUGUCAGCAUUGCUUACGAGAUCACUGAAGCAGAAGGUCAGCUUGUCUGAGCUCAAACCAUACACCGCUCACUGCAACAAGUCACUUUGCAUGGCUGUGGUCCCAGAAGGAAGUCUCUUUUAAAGCUGCUCACAAACAUUUUGCUAAAGAUAAGCUGUCCAAGAGCUUGAAUUACUAGAACCCUGUCCUGUGGUCUGAUGAGCAUAAGAUAAAAUUGUUUGGCGACACUCUAGUGAAGAGUACCAUGAGAACUCUGUUUUGCCUACAGUCCAGGAUGGUGGUGGAAUCAUCAUGAUUCUGGGGCUGCAUGAGUGCUGUAUAGGUACUGGGGACAUCAUACUGCAUGUACUGGGACAUUCUGAAGCACAACAUGAUGCCCUCUCUUCAGAAACUGGGCCAGACCUUCUGAUGACCACUGACUUGCUAAUGAAGCUGAAGCUGAAGGUGAUGGAGUGGCCAAGUAAUAAUCCAGACCUGACUCUUCUGAGCAACCUGUGCAGCUCUGGUGAUGGGGCUCACACAACAUAAAGACACUUUGGACACAGAUUUGACAUGUUCACUUGUGCUCACGAUUGUUGCCAGAGAUUGCAACAUUAAUGGCUGUGUGUCGAGUUAUUUUCUGAGGACUGUUAAGCUGCACUGUUAUACAAGCAGCACAUUGACUACUCUAUUCAAGUUUCAUUGCGACAAUAUUGCCCCAUGAGAACAUAAUAACAUGACAAGUGUAUUCAUGUUUGUGAGAUUCUUUACACAUAUUUUUAUGAAUGUACAUGUUUUAAGAUCUCGAGCCAGUAAUUAAUGUAUACUAGUUAAAUUGUAUUCAGAGAUCUAUAAACUUGAAAUAUAAGAUUGAAAUGAUUUUUAUGAAUUUAUUUUAUUAAACCAAACACUUGCAAAAAGUGUUUCCUGUGUUUCUGUUGUAUUCACUUCGUCCAAGCGCCAAUAGAAAUCUGAGAGUAAAUAUAUAUUCCUGUAC